AUGGCCGCCCGCGCUCACAGCAAACGGAAAUUAAGGUCAACGACCCGUCUCAACACCAGAACCGCGCUGCUGUCACUUCUCGCAGCUGCACCAGGAGCAAUGGCAGAGACGUGCAUAUCGCUGUCGGGUUCGACUCAAUGUUCUGCCUUCAGCUCGGCUUCAAUCUCGAUCGACAGCACCUUGGUCGGAUUCUUUCCUUUCCUCCAAUAUGUUUCGAGCACCGCGACAUUCGAUGAGCAAUUGGCUUCCUAUGUUUCAACCAGCUACGUACAAGAAAAGUACCAAACACUUUUCGGCUGCGGCGGUAUUAAUCUUACAAACACCACAAACCUUUAUGCCCGUUUCACCACCACAGUAAUAUGUAAUGCUAUAAUACAGAACUCGCGAACGCCAUGUGGAUUGUCGACCGCUGCUUCUCGGCCGGUCUGUGCUGAUACAUGUGCCGAGCAAGCUGAGAGUGAAGCUAUAAUCAUCGCCAACAGUGCGCUGUGCACCAAUCCGAGCAGCAAUGCUGAUUCCCAGAUCAGAGCAGACUUCACAAAUUGCGCGCUGCCGGCCGAAUCAUUAACCGGUACCUGCAUUGAGGGUGCCACAAACGAGCCAGACAAUUGCGGCUACGGGAACAGCACUAUCGGCUUAUGUCAAUAUUGCGGUUCAGGAGGACAGAACAGUACAGACACGUGCUGUUAUAAUUCGGAUGCUCAGACGCGAUGUGCUGGUGUCGUGCUACCAACGAUCACUGCAUUCAUGACUUUUACAACCAGCUCGCCAACCGCAUCAGCUACAUCCUCGUCUUCGGCAACGCCCUCUUCGACCGGAGUCGCAUCCAAUUCUAACAAGGGACUAUCAGGUGGUGCUAUCGCUGGCAUUGUUAUCGGAUCCGUGGUAGGAGCCGCUCUGAUCGCAGGAUUGAUCAUUCUACUUAUCCUGUGCCUCCGGCGCAGACGUGGAAGUCAAAAUGGAAGUGUUUUUAACCAACCAUCCCCAGCACGGAGAGGACCUGCUCCAGGGAUGGCUUACAACCCGGUGGGAACGACUACGACACCGGAGGGGUACGAAGUGCUACCAGGGGGUCGCAUUGCGCGCAUGUCGGCAUUGGAAGGUCAUUCAGGAGACUCACCGCCUCGAGGAGAACUGGGAGCAGUAGGUGCUGGAGGGGCAGCUGCAGGUGCCGCAGCUGGAUAUGCAGCUGGACGACGAAGACAUCACGAUCAGUCUUCUUCUGAUGAGUACAGUCCGGUCUCUAAUUCUGGUGGUGGUGUGCUACGACCUCCUCCUACAGGGCGACGAAAUGGAUCCUUGUCAAGCAAUUCGGCGCUGGGAUUGGAGGAUCCUUCAUCGCCACACUCGGGCAGCGGUGGAGAUAUGUCAUCUCCACAGGGAGUUGCAAGUCAGCAGUCCGAGCAAUUGCCGUUCUUCAAAGAUUACUACUCACAGGAUGAGAUCCAUCCAGGUGAUAAGGUUGCAACACUUUGGGCGUAUCAGCCAAGAGCGGGUGAUGAGUUCACAUUGGAAAGAGGUGACAUGCUCAAAGUGGUUGGCAUCUGGGAUGACGGCUGGGCAACAGGAGUGAUGAUUGACGAGCGAGCUGAAGAUUGGGAUGCGAAACGGAAAGCCCAACGAGAUAGUGGUGUCUCUAACACAUCGGGCCGGAGAGACGAAUCGCCAGCUGUGAGUGGUGAGAUCAAAGCAUUCCCUCUGGUUUGCGUUUGUUUGCCAGAUCACUGGAGGAAAACGAUAGAAGGAGACGGAUCAACGGAGACUGGUUCCAGCGCUCCUCACGGUGCGGGAUCAUGA